AUGGGAGCGGGUUACGACGUCGCUGCGCUUGGCCUUGGCCUGGCCGUGGCGGCAGCGCUGCUGGCGUGCCAGUGCGCGGCGCAGGGGCAGGCUCCGGCGCCGGCGCCGGACCCGGCAGGCAGCGGGGGCUCGGGCUGCAUGCCGGAGCUCGUGAGCCUGUCGCCGUGCAUGGGCUACAUGUCGGGCAACGCAACGGCGCCCGGCGCGACGUGCUGCACGGCGGUGUCCGGCGUGCUGGGGUCGAGCCCGCGGUGCCUCUGCAUGGUGCUCGGCGGCACAGCGGCCACGCUCGGCGUCGCCAUGGACAGCGCUCGCGCGCUGCAGCUCCCCGCGGCGUGCCGGGUCCAGCCCCCGCCCGCCAGCCAGUGCGACUGUAACCAUGGGAGUUCCGGCGGCGUUCUCCUAUCCAAGCAUUGCUCCGGCAGGUACGUGCAAAACGUCUACCGCCUGACAAUAUCAGAGCCACGGCACUGA